UCAUCAUAUCCAUCAAACACAUACUUAUCAUUAUUUCAUUCAACAACUCAAACAUCUCCAUCUCUCUCUCUCUCUCACUCUCUUGAAAGCUCCCAUUAUUAUAUUAAAAAAACACUAAUUAGUUAACACAUAUACCGAUCAAUGGACAUCGUCAAGAAAAGUACCAAAGCUGGUUCAUCAUCAUCAUCAUCGUCUUCCACUUCAUUUGAUCAUCUGUUUGGUCCGAAAGGAUCAGCCAGCUCUGCUUCUUCUUGUUCAACUAUACUCGACUCCAUCUUCCCUCCUCCGGUAGCAAGGAAGAAGGGAAGCCACACUGCUCCUGAAUCCCAAGGCAGCAUCUCUCAACCCACUGAUGAGAUCAGAAGCAGCCAUGAAAAGAGAGAAGCUUCCUAUUUCAGCUCCUCCAUUUACUAUGGAGGUCAGCAACACUACUCACCUCCACGAACUGAUGGCUCGUCAUCCACUUCUCCAUCUCAUGAGUCCAAAGAAACUGAUAAUCGCACUGACCCAACCCCCUCAACUUCCAGAGGAAAUUGGUGGAAAGGUACUCACCAAUUUCUUAAUCAUAACUUGAUUACUCAGUAAUCUAAUUAUUCUCGUAUAACUCUCACUCAUUGAUGGAUUGUUUCAUUAAUGCAGGUUCUUUGUAUUACUAAGAUCAACCUAAAAGUCGUCCACUUGAGUUUCGCAAUGGCCAUAUGCAGUGUGAUCUUUGGCUUUUGUUUAUAAGUUCUUCAUCUUUUUUUCUUUUGUAAUCCCAUAUAUUAAAAGAGGGAUGUUAAUGGACCGCAUCUAUGACUAAUGUAUCGCAUACAACAAGUAAUUAAAAUACUCACAAUCAUCUCAGUA